AUGGUCUCAAGAUUCGGGACAUCGAUUUUGAUGCUACGCCCUUCGAUCCUCUCGAAAUCCCACAAUACAAAGUGCUUGAGCCCAGGCGAUGCCUCCUCGCUCACCCUUACGUUUCUCAACUUCCAACAACGUUUAAGGACAAGGCACCUGAGCAAAGGGCAGCCCAACAUUUUCGUGUCCAAAGUCCCGCCAUCAACUUGGACCUGUUUGAGGGUGAGCUUGCGCAAACUUUUAAACCGCACACUCUCGACCGGGCUCAGCCUGCAUUUGCACAGGUGUAUUUCUUCGAGGGACUCGGCUAAGAACACUGCCGAGGGCAGGGCGGUUAUUAUCGGGAUCCAUUUGUCGAGAAGGAAGAUGACCGGUCGUGAGACGGGCCUGCAUAAGUCGAGACGGAGUUUGUGUAUGGAGAGACUCGAGGUUGGUGGGGGAGGAGUUGACGGAGACAAAGUUUUGUUGUGUAGUAUUGAACAAUAUUUCGAAGAGUCGAGGUUGGGGCGAGUUGAUCCUUUGUGGCGCCAUGGUCUGCAGAGGAUGAGAGAGAGAGUGCGAGUGAUUAAGGAGGGUUAUAAAGCCGGCAAUCUUAAGUCGGUAAAACCAAAGAUCUACAACGGUUGUCAUAAUGCAUUUACAUCGAAUUUUGCUGAGGAUAAUUGUGAUGUGUCACGGCCUCAUAAUGCUAAAGUACGAGGAGGUGAUGUUGGAACCGGUUUAGAUUCCAAUACUCACGAUUUGAAGGAGACAUUUCAAAAGACGCCAUUGCCAUCUAAUAUCGAUGUUUUAGGAGGACAACAUAAAUCUCUACUCAAGAAAAUUAUGCCGCUGAAUGAAUCGCUUGCGAUGGUCGUGUAUCAUCCUCAAGAACUCUAA